AUGAAAUCCCAUGUCUCCGUCAGAAAGGAUCUCUUUUCCUCUGUGCUCACAGUAGCAAAGAUUUCCGCACCUGCAUUCUUCGCUGAUGGGUUGAACCAUGACCGCAAUGGCGAGACAACCGAUGGUACUGAUGAAUUGAUAUGCGAAAUGUACCUGGGUGAAAGGGGAUUCGAAGCAUGUCGUCGGUCAGACUUCCAGCAACGAAUCUUUAGCGUCCUCCCCGAUGGCUGCGUCAAGUUCAGCAAGAAUUUACUGUCGGUAAAGGACAACCCCAGAGACGAGAACAUACUGUUGGAGUUCGAGGUGGCUCAGUGGAGCAGGCAGAUGUCUCCUAAUACGUUCUCAUGCGUAGUCAUCGGCUGCGACGGGAUCAAUUCAAAGAUGCGUUCGAUCACGUUCGGACCCCAGACGUCACGGCCGGCAUACUCUCACAAAUUUGCAUACCGCGGGCUGAUAGAUGCAGACGACGCACGGCGUGUCGUCGGCGUCGACAAGGCCAAUGGGCGGUUCAUAUAUAUGGGCGCUGACGCGCACGUGUUGACCUGCCCAGUAGCCGGCGGUCGGAUGGUCAACGUUGUGGCGUUUGUGACAGAUUCCAGCCCGUGGGUUGAAGAGUAA